UGUCGAUACAAAAACGCCGUUAAAACGAUGGCAGUUGAGGUCCUUGGCGCGCACCGGAUUAUAUCUCCAAGACUCCAUAGACGAAAAAGAAAGAUGGCUGCUGGUGUGCUGCAUUCUGCUUCCUUGGCCGGAAUCUGCUCCUUCACUCCCACCACAGAUAAAUGGAACAUUUGCAGAUUGAUUUCAUCGCACAGACACUCAAUGGUUUCCCAGAACUCUUCCUCCGCCGCCGCUAUUGGGUUUUCCACGACGUCGUCUUCGGGGACGUACGGCGAGUCGAAGAGGGUGUGGGUGUGGACGGAGAGCAAGCAGGUCAUGACGGCCGCCGUCGAGAGAGGCUGGAACACCUUCGUCUUCCCCUCUCAAAGCCGUGAACUUGCCGAUGAGUGGUCCUCAAUUGCAUUGAUAGAUACUCUCUUUAUCGAAGAGGGAGCGAUUUUGGAUGGUGAGAACAGAAGAGUUGCCACAAUGCUUGAGGUCGCCAACCCCAAGGAGUUGGAGCUGCUUCAACCCGAAAAAGCGCUUGGCGAAAAUUUAGUUGUUGAUUUGCUAGAUUGGCAGGUCAUACCUGCAGAGAAUAUAGUUGCUGCAUUUCAAGGGAGUGGGAAAACAGUGUUUGCUGUUUCGAAAACCGCAUUGGAAGCUCAAGUCUUCUUUGAGGCCCUCGAGCAUGGUUUGGGUGGAGUUAUCUUAAAAAUUGAAGAAGUAAAAGCUCUUCUCGACCUAAAGGACUAUUUUGACAGAAGAGAUGAAGUGAGCAACAUAUUGAGCCUGACAAAAGCCGUUGUAAAUCGAGUCCAAGUAGCUGGAAUGGGGGAUCGAGUUUGCAUUGAUCUCUGUAGUCUCAUGAGGCCCGGGGAAGGACUACUUGUUGGCUCCUUUGCCAGAGGAUUAUUCCUCGUUCAUUCGGAGUGCUUGGAAUCAAAUUACAUUGCAAGCAGGCCUUUUCGUGUGAAUGCGGGACCUGUGCAUGCUUAUGUUGCUGUUCCAGGCGGAAAAACGAGCUACCUCUCAGAAUUGAAAGCAGGUAAGGAGGUGAUCCUGGUUGAUCAGAAAGGCCAUCAACGAACAGCAAUUGUUGGGCGUGUAAAGAUAGAGACUAGACCGCUAAUCCUUGUAGAGGCAAAGAGAGAUUCGGAUGAUCAAACUUUCUACAGCAUCCUUGUACAGAAUGCGGAAACAGUUGCCUUGGUUUGUCCCUCCAAAGAACGCGAACUGCAAAAAACUGCAAUCCCUGUGACUUCGCUUAAAGUUGGAGAUGAAAUUUUAGUUCGAUUACAGGGAGGGGCUCGGCAUACGGGAAUUGAAAUUCAAGAAUUCAUUGUGGAGAAAUAAGAAAUGGAAGAUGAUGUGAACAUGAAAUUUGUCGAGAAUUCUUACAGCUAUGUAAAUUUGUAACUGACAUAACUGAUAUAACUAGAUCAUUUUUUGGCCGUGAAA